UGAAGAACUCAGACGGAGUCCAAAAGUCUCCGGGAAUCAGUCAGAGUGAGGGAGAGAAAGUUGUUCCCCGGACUUGCGGUUCACGGAGGAUACCUGCGUUUUCUGGAGAGGUUGGAAGUCUGUUUUCACUGUGUGAGAAGUUACCGUGGGAAGUAACGUUAGGUCUACUUUAUUCCUGAAGGAGGGAUGGCAGUGCCUCACAGGAGCGAAGCGCGUUCACGCCUGGAGAAGCCGUGGGGUUCUGGAUUUUGACUGGUACCAAAUCAACUGCACGAGUUAUCAGUGUCGUUUUGGUGGACAAGCUUUCCCUCUUGCCAUGGUUUCCCGGGAAUGAGUGGAUUUGUGUGUUUUAAUCCCGAAGAUGCUCUGACAUUUCCUCCAAGGACUAACUUAACUUCUUCCUCAACUCGAGGAAUUCCUAUUCCUGCAGAUGACUGCGAGUGAGGUGACUUGUUUUCAGCCUGUGAGUAAAACUGGCACUUCAGCAGACUUAACGAACCUGUCGUACUGAGCCGAACAGCUGAAACAAACAUGCUCUAUUCAAAUAUCUGCAUUUGAAAGUCAAAGACACUUGCCUUGUUUAUCCCACCAUUGCUGUGCUACAUGAGUUAACCCGGAGGGGCAGAAAUGAUGAUCGCCUCCGGCUUCCUGCUGCUGUGUGUGGCCGGGUUAAGUUCUGCCAUCAGCUCCAUCGACCCGGACCGGCCGGGAGAAGGCAGGUGCCAAGAAAUCGCCAUCCCUCUUUGCAAAGACAUUGGCUACAACCUGACAGUUAUGCCCAACCUGAUGGGGCACGAGGAUCAGGGAGAGGCUGCCAUUAAGCUUCAUGAGUUUGCCCCACUCAUCGAGUUUGGCUGCCACAGCCACCUCAGGUUUUUCCUGUGCUCGCUCUACGCCCCCAUGUGCACGGAGCAGGUGUCCACACCCAUCCCAGCCUGCCGGGUGAUGUGCGAGCAGGCCAGACAGAAGUGCUCCCCCAUCAUGGAGCAGUUUAACUUCCACUGGCCCGACUCACUGGACUGCUCCAGGCUGCCCAAUAAGAACGACCCCAACUUCCUCUGCAUGGAGGCGCCCAACAACGGCAGCGACGACCCGUCUAAAGGGUCUCACACCCAGCCUCCGGACUCUCGCCCCCCUCGCCCUGGGAACAACCAGGAACUCCCUGUUAAGGAGAGGAUGGGUAAAGAGACUUGCGGAAACCCUGGGAAGUUCCACUACGUGCAGAAGAGCGAGUCUUGCGCCCCAAAGUGUUACCCCAAAGUGGACGUGUACUGGAGCCAGGCGGACAAGCGAUUCUCCCUGGUCUGGAUGGCUGUCUGGUCCAUCCUUUGCUUCGUCUCCAGUGCCUUCACCGUCUUGACCUUCCUCAUCGACCCACAGCGCUUCAAGUACCCCGAACGGCCCAUCAUCUUCCUCUCCAUGUCCUACUGCGUCUACUCCGUGGGCUACCUCAUCCGGCUCUUCGUCGGCGCCGAGAACGUGGCCUGCGACCGUGACAGCGGCGUCCAGUAUAUCAUCCAGGAGGGCCUGGAGAGCACGGGGUGCACCAUAGUCUUCCUCAUCCUCUACUACUUCGGCAUGGCCAGCUCCCUCUGGUGGGUGAUCCUGACUCUCACCUGGUUCCUGGCUGCCGGGAAGAAGUGGGGCCACGAGGCCAUCGAAGCCAACAGCAGCUAUUUCCAUCUGGCAGCUUGGGCCCUCCCAGCCAUCAAGACCAUCCUUAUCCUGGUCAUGAGGAAGGUGGCGGGGGAUGAGCUAACGGGCAUCUGCUACGUCGGAAGCAUGGACGUCAAGGCCUUGACCGGUUUCGUCCUGAUCCCGCUGUCCUGCUACCUCAUCAUCGGCACGUCCUUCCUGCUCUCCGGCUUCGUGGCUCUCUUCCACAUCCGCAAGGUCAUGAAGACCGAGGGCGAGAACACGGACAAGCUGGAGAAGCUGAUGGUGCGUAUCGGGGUGUUCUCCGUCCUCUACACUGUGCCCGCAACUUGCGUCAUUGCGUGCUACUUUUAUGAGCGCCUCAACAUGGACUAUUGGAAGGUUCUGGCCGGAGAGCUGCGUUGCUUGGAAGGAGGCGGUGGAGAAGAAUGCAUCAUGAAGAACUCCAUCCCUGCCGUGGAGAUCUUCAUGGUUAAGAUCUUCAUGCUGCUGGUGGUGGGAAUUACCAGCGGCAUGUGGAUCUGGACCUCAAAGACCCUGCAGUCCUGGCAGAACGUCUUCAGCCGCAAGCUAAGGAAGAGGACGAGGAGGAAGGCCGCGUGCGUGUUCACGGGCAGCGGGCCCUACUUGAAGCCGCAUCCCGCACUAAAAGGACACAAAACUAAGUACGAGCCCGCUGGGGCUCCUGCUACAUGCGUAUAAGGAUGCUAUGCGGAGCGCCGUUGAACUCCAACGUGUUCUGUUUACUUUGAAAACCGGUUCUUGUGGAGUUUGCAAGAGAAAGAGGGAAAGUGCCAGCGCAAGACAAUGGGCACCGAGUUUGCGUUUAUUUUGUGCAAACCCCAGUCGUACCAAAAAAACAGCAACAACAACAACCGAAAAGCUGCAGUGUCCUGAGUUGUGAGAUUUCUGGUUCGAGUUUCUCAUAAUGAUGUGUGCAAGUACCACAGCUCAGCCACUGUUUAGUCUGUUGCGCCUUCUGGUACUACUUAUCCACUUACGGAACUUUGUGGAGUUUGUAAAGGUUUUUUUUUUUUUUUACAAAAACAAAGAAAAACGGGAGCAAGUCCCUCUUUGCGUCACUGGGAAUGCCUGUAUCGUGUGCAAUAGAUGUUUCCCUCAGUGACGGAGAGAGAAAGACUCUUAGUACUGUAGGGGCUGAUUAAAGACACUAAAAGGACUCCGCAGACAAUGGGUGUGAAUGAGCCGGAGGGGGGGUGCCACUCCUCGGCUGCAUGUCACUGUGGCUUUUCUAUGGAAAUGAAGGCCGUGUCAUACACUGCUGCAUUGACAUUGGAGAGCAGCUGUUGGCUGAGGCUUCAGCCAGAGAAUGAACUGGCCAUUGUGAAGGCCCUCCAUGGCGUAAAAGCAAAUCUACAAGCACUAAAUAUUGCCGCAGAAGACAGAGGCCUUUUGAUGGGGCGUUUUGUACAGCGGCUUCUUAGCCCCCCCACCCCCCCCCCACCCCUCGCUCUGUUUUGUUAUGCUGAGCUCUUUUUUUCUUUUGUAGCACAAAGAUACCUUUGUGUAUAUUUCUAAAAAAAGUUCAUAUUUUGUAAGAGUUAAUAAAAACUUAGUUUAAAAUGUUUGGAAAUACAGCUGCACACCACCGUGGCGUUUUAUUCUCUGCGUUCAGCGCGCAUCAGCGCUCCUUUCAGACAUGCAGUUGAAAUUUGGGGAAUACUUUAUGUCGACGAUCUCCUGGAGAAGCUUUGCAGUGUCUUGGAGUUACACACAACUAUAUAUAUAUAUUUAAAAAAAAAGUUAAAUUAUUAAAUUCCUAAACCUAGGAAACUAAGCCUAAACCUAACACUACUGAUAUUCAGCUGAGAGUUUGUUGACCGGUGGAGCUCUUAAAAAUAAAGAAGUGACAAUU